AUGAGAUUCUCAGCUCCACUCGCACUUACCUUCACCCUUCUCACGACUCUCGUCGCUUCCAGCCCCCAUGCAGGUGAUUCCAAGCAUGGUGGACUAUCUCUCCGUGGUGAAGUACCACUAGCUCGAGGUGCUGUGGGAGUAUACCAACGACAAACCACAGGUGACGCAGAUGAUUCGGGAGAUGCUACUACUUCUGAUGAUACCGGGGAUGAUGGAUCUACUUCUACAGAUGAAGGUGAUGGUACCGAUACAUCUGACGGUACCGAUACUUCCGAUGAUGGCUCUGACACCGACACCGCUGCGGCCACUCCCACAUACACUUAUGAUGGUACAGGUGGAGAGGCAGGUGAUAGUGGACCAGCUCUUACAUCUACUGAUCCUGGUACCACUCCACCCUCCAAUGAUCUCACUUCGGCUACGGCGGCCAACGUCGAAGCUACAUCUGCCGAUCCAAAUGCCCAACCUUCAUCUGCACCUACCACUUCAUCCUCCCACUCUGGAGUCACCAACUACAAUACCACGACUAGGAGUCAGACUGUCAGUCUUGUAGGAACCAGUGCCGCUCAGACCUCGACAAGAGCUUCCGGUUCAUCUUCAGCUUCCGCCUCCCAAGCUAACUCCGGUGCAUUCCCCUCUACUAUGCCUAACAUCUCACCGCUUUCAUUGAUCACCGUGGUUUUAGCUGGUGGCUUGGGAGUUAUCAGAGUCCUCGUCUAA